AUAGCUACUCAGAAAGCAUGUGGUUUGGCUCUGGCCAAGCUGGGCCAUGCAAAUGACAGAGUUAUUGUGCUGGAUGGUGAUACCAAGAACUCCACCUUUUCUGACACAUUCAAGAGAGAACACCCUGAGCGCUUCAUCGAGUGUUUUACUGCUGAGCAAAACAUGGUGAGCGUGGCACUGGGAUGUGUCACCCGUGGUCGCACCGUGGCUUUUGCUUGCACCUUCGCUGCCUUUUGGAUCCGAGCAUUUGAUCAGAUCCGGAUGGGAGCCAUCUCGCAAACCAACAUCAAUCUUAUUGGGUCCCACUGUGGGGUGUCCGUAGGUGAAGACGGCCCCUCCCAGAUGGCCCUAGAGGACCUAGCCAUGUUCCGAGCCAUUCCGAACUGCAAGAUUUUCUAUCCAAGUGAUGCCAUCUCGACAGAGCAUGCUGUUUUCCUGGCAGCCAAUACCAAGGGGAUGUGCUACAUUCGAACCAGUCGGCCAGAAACUGCAAUUAUUUACACCCCACAAGAAAGCUUUGAGAUUGGACAGGCGAAGGUCAUCCGUCAAAGUGUGAACGACAAGAUUACAGUUGUCGGAGCUGGAAUUACUUUGCACGAAGCCUUAGCUGCCGCUGAUGAUCUUUCCAAGCAAGAUAUUUCUAUCCGUGUCAUUGACCUGUUUACUAUUAAACCUCUGGAUGCUGCCACCAUCAUCUCCAAUGCAAAAGCCACAGGUGGCCAGAUUAUCACAGUGGAGGAUCACUACCCAGAAGGUGGCAUCGGGGAGGCCAUCUGUGCAGCCGUCUCCGUGGAGCCUGACAUCGUGGUCCAUCAGCUGGCAGUGUCAGGGGUCCCUCGGAGCGGGAAGCCCAGUGAUCUGCUGGAUAUGUUUGGAAUCAGUUCCAAACACAUCAUAUUGGCUGUGGAACGUAUUUUAAUGCAAUAG